CAAAGAAAGAGCAACAAGUCGAUGCUUUUACGUUGGUUUGCUUUUGGGACUUGAAGGAAAGGAUUUCUUCUGAGAAACAGAGGUGAAGUCUGAAUAAGGAUUUUGUAUUUUAUAUAUUGGAUCUUGUUGAGAUAAAGAGUCACCAUGCCCCGAUCAUUCCUGGUGAAAAACAAACGAAGCACAUCUUUUAAUAUGCAUAGAUUGUAUGAAGAUGAGACAGGUGUCUCACCCCAGAGCACAGACUCUUCAGACAAGCCUCAAUCUAGGAGCCUGAAUCCACAAACAGACCACAGAGCAAUAGAAAAAAAAGAGACAGAGUUGCAAAGUCCCCUGCCUGUACAUGCUGAGCCUAUCAGACCCCCAGUGAUUCCCACAAAGUCGUACUUCCCUACAGAUCCCCAGAUGGUAGAAUUCCCUCCUUACUAUAAACCGACAUAUUCUUGGGAUCAGGUUCCCUCUCCUUAUCAGUUGGGUUUCAGCCCCACGGUACUGCAGCAUGCCGCCAGUCUGUACAACACACACAUCAGCCGCAGCCCGCAACACCAGCAGCCCCUGGACUGUAGUACACACUACUCUCCAAGCUCCAACACCUACCACUGUAUCACUUGUGAUAAGGUGUUCUCAACAUCUCACGGCCUGGAGGUUCAUGUCAGGAGGUCCCACAGUGGAACGAGACCUUUUGGCUGUAGCAUCUGUAGAAAAACCUUUGGCCACGCCGUCAGUCUCGAGCAACACAUGAAUGUACACUCUCAGGAAAAAAGUUUCGAGUGUAAAAUGUGCGGAAAGUCCUUCAAGCGCUCAUCCACACUCUCCACACAUCUCCUCAUCCACUCUGACACGAGACCAUACCCAUGUCAGUUCUGUGGCAAGAGAUUUCACCAGAAGUCUGACAUGAAGAAACAUACAUAUAUUCACACAGGUGAGAAGCCCCAUAAGUGCCAAGUGUGUGGCAAAGCAUUCAGCCAGAGCUCCAACCUGAUCACCCACAGUAGAAAACACACGGGGUUCAAACCAUUUGGAUGUGACAUAUGUUCCAAGGGCUUUCAACGCAAAGUGGACCUUCGCAGGCACCAUGAAAGUCAGCACAGCAUCAAGUGAUGUGUCGAAGGCGACCAGUCCCACUACCUGUCCAGGUGCGGGCCUAAGCUAUGAACUUUAAGGGUGCUCAUCCCCACAAAUCAGAACAGCACAUUGCAAUCUAAUGGUAAUCUUUACAAUAAGCCUGAGUUAGUUUGUGUUAAUUGCCGUAGUUUUUUAAGCUAAUUUUAAAGGAAUUAUAACAUCAGGCUUCAAUAAAAUACACCUGUUUUGGGCUGGACCCUUUAGUUGAUGAAACCUGACUUGACAUUGUAUUUAUUGAAUUAUUGCCUCAGCACGUUGUCUUUUCUAGUUCUCAAUUUCACGCUCCAGUAGUUGAGUUUCUAAUGAACUUCAUAUACAAAGUAUUAACUUACUGACUGCGAUUUUUGGUGACAGGCAUCCAUGAUCAGUCAUCGUCAAUGGCAGCCAAUUAAUUGAGUAGAUUAUAAUACAUCAGAGUGCAAAUUAGUCAUGUAUGUACAUCCUUUCUUUUUUUAAAUUAACUAUAAACAUCAAAUGUAUUUGAUAACAGCAGUGUAAAUGUUUGAGCUUUCUGACAGGUUGGUCACUUUUGGAGGGAAAGGCUACUGUUUACUUAUCAAAAAUACCUGAAUCUGGCAACAUUAUUCAUUUAACAAGCUAAUUUAUAUUUAAUAAAUAUACUUACCGUAUUUUUCGGACUAUAAGACGCACCUGAGUAUAAGUCGUACCAGCCCAAAAAUGCGCAAUGAAUAGGGAAAAGAAAACAUAUAAGUCGCACCGGAGUAUAAGUUGCAUUUUUGGGGGAAAUUUACUUGAUAAAAUCCAACACAUAGAACAGAUAUGUCAUCUUGAAAGACAAUUUAAAAUAAAAAUACAAUAGAGAACAACAUGCUGACUAUGUGUACAGUAUGAUAAUGUUACUUUAUGCAUGAACAACGAAAUGUGAACAUGGGCGGUAUGUUAAAGUAACAUAGCUAUUGAGAGUUAUUCAGAUAACUAUAGAAUAAACAACAUGCUAGCAAGUUUACCAAACCAUCAGUGUCACUCCAAAACAUCAAAAUAACAUGUGAAAUGAUAUAAUGAUAUGUUAAAAAUUUCACACAUAAGUCGCUCCAGAGUAUAAGUCGCACUCCCAGCCAAACUAUUAAAAAAACUGCGAUUUAUAGUCCGAAAAAUACGUUAUAUAGAUUUUUAUAUUGUUCUUAUUUCACUUUGACGGAACGCUAUAUACCUAGCAAAUACAUAUGAAUGGAAAUUUUGUGGGGAAAAAAAGUGAAAUUAUUUAUUUUAUAAUCCAGUGUUUCAGCCUCCAUUAAAAACCACAUGCUAACCAUAAUUCAAAUUGGUAUCACCAUCCUUUUAUCUUUUUUUAUUUUAUCAUUUUUUUAACCCAGCCAUGACAGGGUGAAUUGUAAAUUGAAGGAGGUAAAAUUUUCAUUUUGAUCAUGGUAAUAUAAUAUACAUGAUCAAGAUGAUUUUCAAAUAACUUGCUCCAAAUAGUUUUUGUUUAGUAUACAGAAACUGAUGACAAUAUGGUGACAGGUAAAGCUCAUAUCCUAUUUUUGGGAACUCGCUGACUGAGGAAUAUCAACUAGACCAGGGGUGCCCAAGUCCAGUCCUCAAGAGCGCCUAUCCAGCUUGUUUUCCAUUUCUCCCUCCUCCAACACACCUGACUCAAAUAAUCAGGAUCAUUAUGAGGCUCCUGCAGAGCUUGCUGAUGAGGUGAUCAUUUGAUUCAGGUGUGUUCAAGGAUGGAGACAUGGAAAACAAGCUGGAUAGGGGCUCUCGAGGACCGGAUUUGGGCACCCCUGAACUAGACAAUCACAAUUGUGCUGCCAAAUAUCUUAAAUCACAUGCAGGCCUUUGAAUUUAGGUCUAUCAGAGAUUAAUCUAGAAUUUCAAAAUCCAAAUAACACACUGUGUGUCAUAAAAUCUACCAACUCUUUGUUCAAAUAGAUGACGUUUGCUGCCAACGGAAAAGCAGCGCACAACUGUGUGAAACUGCUGCAGUCUAUUCUGUGUUUGAAUUAGAUACAAACUGCCAUGUUCAGUUUAUAAUGAAAAUGCUUUUAACUUAAAUUAAAAGCACAUUUUAUUUGUUUUAUUAUGCAUUCUUAGAAGUCAAUGUUUAGUUGUGAUACUACAACUCCUACUUCUACAUUUUCUAAUGAUAAUAAAUAGAUAAAUAAAUAUAAUAUGCAUUCGAAUUAGCGCUGCAUUAAGUUAAUGAAUUAUAAGUUAUUUGCUUUCAAGAUAUGUGGACUUGGUGGGAGGUGUGUUGUUGUCUUUUGAGUCCCAGAAUAAUACCAUUUAUGUAUAUAUAUAUUUUUUUUUGCUAUCACAUUUAAACUACAUAUGAAUGUAAUGUGAAAAAUGGAAAUUGUCUGAAUGAAGUAUUACAUGAUCUAUGAAAAUUAAGACCGAGCUGAAGCUGUGGU